AUGCGACCAGUCCUGAUUUUAUUGACCCUACUUCUGCCUCUUGGAGCUGGAGCAGAGGAGAUCAUCGGUGGCCAUGAGGUGAAGCCACACUCGCACCCUUACAUGGCUUUCGUUAAGUCUGUGGAUAUUGAAGGUAAUAGAAGAUACUGUGGAGGCUUCCUGGUUCAAGAUGACUUUGUGCUGACGGCUGCUCACUGCAGAAACAGGUCAAUGACAGUCACACUGGGGGCCCACAACAUCAAGGCUAAGGAGGAGACACAGCAGAUCAUCCCUGUGGCAAAAGCCAUUCCCCAUCCAGACUAUAAUGAUACUGACCUCUCCAAUGACAUCAUGCUGUUAAAGCUGGAGAAUAAGGCCAAGAAAACUAAAGCUGUGAGGCCCCUCAAGUUGCCCAGGCCCAAUGCCCGGGUGAGGCCAGGGGAUGUGUGCAGUGUGGCUGGCUGGGGGAAAACGUCCAUCAAUACCACUGAAGGAUCUGCUCUCUUAGAAGAGGCUGAACUGAUCAUCCAGGAGGACCAGAAAUGCAAAAGAUGCUUCCAUCACUACACUGAGACCACAGAGAUUUGUGUUGGAGACUCACAGAAAAUAAAGACUCCUUUCAAGGGUGACUCUGGGGGACCCCUCGUGUGUGACAACAAAGCUUAUGGAGUUUUGUCUCAUGUAAAAUACAAGAAGAUCUCUUUAGGAGUCUUCACUAAGGUUGUGCACUUCCUGCCGUGGAUAAGCAAGAACAUGGAGCUGCUCUAACAGGUGCUAAACCACCCGUGCCUGUCCAGCUUGUCCGACCUCAGGCAAGAACCACGUGGAGUGGGCAGCAAAGAAUGAAAAUUCAUAAUAAAUAACCUCCGGAGUGCAU